GCUGAUCACAACACCAAUGACAUGGACUGCUGCACAGGAUUACUGUAGGGCGAAGUACACUGACCUCGCAAUAAUCUUAAGUAAUACUGACUGGCUAAGACUGAACAAAGUAACAAUAAGCAAAGGUCUGGCAACAUAUGUCUGGGCCGGAUUGUGGAAUGAUGUCAAUAGCUGGCGCUGGUCCUUAGGCGACAUCCCAUUGCAGAGUGGCACUUAUACCAACUGGUAUACUGGAGAGCCGGGUAAUAAUGCACCAGGUGAAGCAUGCAUUGCGAUGGGUGGAAAUGAUCAAUGGUGGGAUGUUCCAUGUACACAGCUAAGAGCCUUUGUGUGCUACGAUGUAGAGACAGAUGGUGACAAAGAUGUGAUUUAUUUAUCCCCCCGCACAGUAAAAUUCAGUGGUGCUAGCAGGUUCAUCAGCAUCACUAAUCCUGUGUUGACCUGGAUUGAUGCUCGAGCUUACUGUCGACAACAUCACACAGACUUGGCAAUCUCUUUUAGCAGCUCAGACAACUCCAUAAUAGGGCAGGUGUCAGGAAUUUAUGAUCCCUGGAUUGGACUAUACAGAGACACUUGGAAGUGGUCAGAUGGGACCAAUGCUACAAACCUCCCUUGGAUUCCUGGACAACCUGAUAACAGUGGAGGAGUUGAGAAUUGUGCUGUGGUUUAUAAUGACCUGUUAAAUGAUGUAUCUUGCACCAGCCUGUACGGUUUCUUCUGUCACACCAAUUUUCCAACAAGAAGUCAGACAGUGAGACUGCAAGUGAAGUCUGAUUGGAGUGUGUUCGAUCCUAGUGUGCAGUCGUCCAUCUUAGAUCAGAUUAAGCAGAAACUGAAGAAAAAUGGAAUAUUGGAGACUACUGUCACCUGGAGUGUGAUGCCAGAUGGAAAUAUCUUCCACAAGAAGAAAAGGAUUAGCUGAAACACCUGAAUGCUUAUGUUUGAGUCAAGUAGAUUGAAGUUUAUUAGAAUAACUAAAAUUGUAUUUAAUCUACAACAUUUAUGCUUUAAUAAGUAGAGAAGUCAGCCGACGAUUAGCAAAAAGUAAGAAAAUACAUAAAUAAAAUAUAUGUAAGUUUAAUACUCUGUAAUACAUGUAGUUUUUAAUGUUCAUAACACACCUAAUCAGUUACCAAAAUGACAUUAAAAGUGUGAUACAA